AACACCCCAGCCUCGCGCAGAACGACAACUCACACAAACACUCUCGGGCACGUCACAUUCUACACUGCAACCAUUUCUCCUCCUGCUACAAAUACUAUGAGUGCUCCUGCCUCGGCCGCGCGAGAGGUAGCGUCAGCAUGGUCGACGCGGAUCCAAUCACCUCCUUCUUAGACGCCUACCACGACUCCGGCCAAGUGCCCAGCAUUCCAGAACGCCGGCCAGCAAUUACCUGUUGUUGCGGUGACGCCGCCUGCGCAUACCUACGACACAACGAGCAGGCUCUGUCGGUGCUGGAGCGCGAUGUCCGGACUGCCGCGCAGAUUGGCAAGGCGUUGUUGACGCGGCAUGAGGCUUACAUCCAAGACUCCGAGAAGGAACGAAAGGCUAUGGCCGCACAGAUUCAGUCGCUGGAGGUGGAGAAGCAGGCUUUGGAGAGACAAAACGCCAACGCUAUCGAAGAGAAUCGGUCACUCUUGGACCAACUCGAAUCAUUGAACAAUGCUGUCGCCGAUUCCGAUACCCAGGUCACGAACCUACAGACGACAUUGCGGAGUACUCAACAGGAACUUCAGAAGUUGUCUUACUUACAGUCGCGAACGGAGAGUCUCGAGCAACAACUUGCGGACUUCGAGAGAGAGCAGGCAUCAUGGCAGAUGACAUUCGAACAAAAGGACGAGGCUGAGAAGACAGCGCUUCGCAGAUGGCAGGAAGCUCAGCGAACACUAUCGCAUCUGCAAGAGCAAAUAGAACGCAUUGAGCAGGAAGCCAAGGAGGAAAAGGAACGCCAUGUGGAAGUGCUGGGUCGCAUGGAACGACAGCACAUUGUCGAGAAGGAACUGGACUCGGCCGCCGGCAGGCUGAAAGGCGCAGCAGCCGUCAAGACCGCGGGAAGCGGGACGAAUGUGGUCUCGCACUUUGUCAAGGAUAUCCUCCAGGACAACGCGAAUCUGCAGAUGGGCAUUGUCGAAUUGAGAGACAUGCUGCAGAACUCCAAUGAAGAGGUGGAGACCCUGAGACAACAGCUGUCUGUACAUCAGCCUGUCGUCUCGGCAGCAGAUAUACCCGACCCGACUACCUCGCCCAUCCGUCCGCACCUGAAGGAAGAGAUGAGAAGAGCCACAUCUCAAGAGUUGCAUGUUCACCAUCACUACCACGCACCAAACACACCAAAGACGCCGAUCGUCCGAAGACCCAAGAAGAAACGCUACGGUGCUCUGACUCCCGGUCACUACACGCCUCCGACCUCUGGUCUAAGCACACCUCGCCAUUCUUUCUCAAUUCCUUCGAACACUGCCGCCAUAUUGUCGCAAACCGCGGCAAGCCUGCCCGGACAACGAGCGUCACAUCAAAAACGAUGGUCAUACAUGUCAGAACAAUCGUUCGUGUCAGCUCACUCUGUUCAAAGCAGCUUCUCCGGUCCGAGCUCGCCGCAGUCUUCAAAUCGUGCUUCUUCAGUGUUCGAUCGCGUCUUUAGCGAUGCAGGACAGGAGUCAUCACGCCCUUCGACACCCGAUACAGAGGAUCCGGGAUCGCCAAUGUUCAUUCCGAUAGGCUCGAAACGCAUCACAAGCGCACCUAUGCACUCGCAGCGGCCUUCUGUCUCUUCACAUCGCGGACGACCUUCUCUGGACUCUAUCCUCGAUACCAGCACGGAGAACCUGCGCGAGCUCGACGCUCAACAGGCGGCUCCCGAAGCAGUAAUACCCGAGGAGGACGAACUCGACUGGGAGAACACUGACGACACCCCUGGAGAUGAUACUUCUGAUGCAAUCUCGCCACUCUCGGACGAAAUCCAACAAGCUCUUGAGCGACCUCGGAUGCUACGGCGUGCCACUUCGCAUGAAUCUAUAAUGUCAUGUCGUGGCAUGGAUAUUCAUACGCUCAAGUCUCGACCCUCGCAGCUUUUGACACCUUAUGGUAGUCGUUCUUUCACACCACAAGCAGUGAUCAGUGACACCACUGCGCAAGUGUCAGCUUCAAUGUCACGGCCAUCAGGCAGUGGCCAUCGCAUGCUGAGUGGCAUGAAUCCUCCUGCCGCCAGCCGACAACCCAGCUCGAAUAAGUCUGGGCUCGGCAGCAGAGUCGGUGGCUGGAUGUUCGGCAAAUGGGGCGCAUCGCCCGCACCUACCGUGACGGUUACCGAUACCAAUGCUUCUGUGAGCCCACCAAAAAUGAACAGAAGUGUUAGUGUCGCAUCUGGCAGCACGGGUCGAUCUACAGAAGAUGGAGAUCUGACACCCAAGAAACCCAAGCUACGUCCUCCGGGCAUCAACCAGUCGGGACCCAUACCUGGCUUCGGACCAGAGAUCAAGAUCUCACAUCCGCCAAUUAUGAAGAGUCUUGACAAGAGUGCAUUGCAGAAGGUGUUGGAUGAAUCGGCGCAAUAAACGCACAGGCAUAUGGAGCGAUAUUCAUGAUCUUUCCUUUUAUUACGAGUUCUGAGAUACCCCAUGACGGCGCGCGGGUCGUAGUUUCUAGAUAUCCUUUUAUGCAUGCGAGUGAUCAUGCUCGUUUACCAGCC